AUUUUUUAUAUUUUUUAUAAAUAGAUUCGGCUCUUCUGAUAUGCGAGCCGGCUCCCAAUGUUCACCUACAAGAGCCGGCUCUUAGAGCCGAGUCGUUCGCGAACGACCCAUCACUACAACUUUAACUCCAUUUGUCGGGCCGCCCAACAACAAACAAAUUGCAAGACUGUAUUCAAGCAGUCGAAAUGUUUAUUCGUCUUCGUUGUUUAAUUUCAAAUAUUGAUUGUACAAACUGGUCACGUAUUGCUUGUCACCAUGGCACACUCCCUUCCUGACCUCUUGGAUGACCUGGAGCAAGAUCAAAAGAGUUGCAGCAAUGAUCAGGUGCUAGAGCGAGAGAGGGAGAGGGAGAUGAAAAGGAGUGAGUUGAGGGCUGGUCUGGUCUGUCCAGUGUGUGAGCAUGGGCUGAGAGACCCAGUCUCGUUUAACUGUGGACACAGAGUGUGCAGACAGUGCAUCAGCAGCUUCAGGGACCAGCCUGGUCCAUCAGGAGACCCUGCCUGUCCUCAGUGUGGAAAGAGACCCAGAACAACUCCUGAAUGGAACCUACAUUUGCAACAGCAAUCUGUUGUUAGACAACAUGAGCCGUGUUUUGAGGAGCACAGACCAGCACCUCUCCCGACCUGCAUCGCAGCUCACACUGGAGGCGUUAACGUUGUCCCACAUUUUGAAAACUCCAAUGUAGGAGGCUCUGUAAACAUCAAUGUCACUUUGCAAGCUCAGAUGAGAGAAGACACAUCCCAGGCUGUGCAAAGCAGUGUCAGAAAACAAGUGGAUGAUGUGAUGCAACGAGUUAAAGAGGAGCAUAAAGCCAGUCUGAAGGAGAAGUUUCAAUUUGUUUUCGAGGGAAACACAGACUAUGAAACUCCUCUCGAACGGAUCUACACCAAGCUCUAUAUCACAGGGGGAGAAAGUCAAGGGGUGAAUGAUGAACAUGAAGUGUGGCAGAUUGAGAAAAGAUCCAGGAGGAAAAAAACAACAGACACUCCAAUCAACUGCAAUGACAUCUUCAAACCCUUACCUGGAAAAGACCGACCCAUCAGAACUGUAAUGACCAAAGGCAUCGCUGGAAUCGGAAAAACGGUCUCGGUGCAUAAGUUCAUCCUAGACUGGGCAGAAGGAAAAGCCAAUCAGGAUGUGGAUUUCGUCUUUGUUCUUCCUUUCCGUGAGCUGAAUUUGAUCAAAGAUGACCAGUACAGUCUUUCUGAACUUCUGAAUGACUUCCACCCUGAACUUGCAGAGAUAGAAGACACAAAGACAUUUGCUGCUUGUAACGUUCUGUUCAUCUGUGAUGGUCUGGAUGAAAGCCAACUUGAAUUGGAUUUUCAUAAAAACAAGAGGUUGACUGACGUUACAAAGACCUCAUCAGUGGAUGUGUUGCUUACAAACAUUAUCAAGGGGAAUCUUCUUCCCAAAGCUCUCCUCUGGAUAACAUCACGACCAGCAGCAGCCAAUCAGAUUCCCCGUAAGUGCAUCAACCAGGUGACCGAAGUACGGGGUUUCAAUGACCCACAGAAAGAGGAAUAUUUCAGGAAAAGAAUAAGUGAUGAGAACCUUGCCAGCACAAUAAUCUCACACCUUACAACAUCAAGGAGUUGCUACAUCAUGUGCCACAUCCCAGUCUUCUGUUGGAUUUCUGCCCAAGUCCUUGUACAAAUGAUGAUGACAAAUGAGAUUGGAGAUAUCCCAACAACUCUGACUGAGAUGUACACUCACUUUCUACUCAUUCAGACAAACCUGGCAAAUGAAAAGUAUCAGGGGCGAAAUAAGGCAGAUGCACAGAAGAUCUUGGAAUCAAGUAAAGACUUAAUUCUAAAACUGGGGAGGCUAGCAUUUGAGCACCUGAACAAAGGCAAUCUCAUGUUCUACGAGAAGGACCUGAAUGAGUAUGGCAUUGAUGUCAGUGAAGCUGCAGUGUACUGUGGGUUGUGCACAGAAAUCUUUAAAGAAGAGUCUGUGUUGUACAAAAAGAAGGUCUAUUGCUUUGUGCAUCUGAGUAUCCAGGAGUUCUUUGCUGCUCUGUACGUGUUCCACUGCUGUGUGACAAAGAACGUCAAGGAGCUGGAGCCUUUCCUGAAAAAUGAGCCAAAAGAAUGCCCCUUGGAUGAGCUUCCCUUGCACGGGCUUCUGCAGAUGAUAGUUGUUAAAGCCUUGCAGAGUAAGAAUGGACACCUGGACCUGUUUCUCCGAUUCCUUGUUGGCAUCUCACUGGAGACUACUCAGAAACUCUUACAAGGCCUCCUGCCACAAAGUGAGAAUGGCUCUGAAUCUGUUGUGAAAAUGAGGAAAUAUUUUAUGGAUCAGGAUGUUUUAUUAGGGGAUUACUCACCCGAAAGAUUCAUCAACCUUCUCCAAUGCUUGACUGAGAUGAAAGACAAUUCAGUACAAGAAGACAUUCUAGAGUACAUUAAGUCAGAAAAUCGAGCGGAAACAGAACUUUCGGCUCCUCAUUGCUCAGCACUGGCUUAUAUGCUUCAAAUGUCAGAGGAGGUGCUGGAUGAGUUGGACAUAAAUAAUUACAACACAGGUAUCACAGGUCAUCUGAGACUGCUUCCAGUUGUGAGAAACUGCAGAAAGGCAAUGCAAGUAUUAAUGCAGAAUUCACACAUACCACAUCAUUAUGUUGUAUUUUCUCUAUUCUUGCAGAUUGUCUGGCAUUGUCUGGCAUUACUCACAAGUCAGUGCUUUGAAUUACUGGCCUCCAUUCUCCAGUUUGCAGACUCACCCCUGAGAGACCUGGACCUGAGUAAUAUUGCAUUUCAUGACAAAGAGAUGUUAUUCUUUGCUGGAUUGAAACCUCCACACUGUAAACUGGAAACACUAAGACUCUCAAGCUGUAAAUUCACAGAAGCGUCUUGUACAUCUUUGAUUACUGCUCUAAUGCCAGUGAGCUCACCACCUACAGACUCAAUCUGGGGCACAGAAGUUACCGGUUGGGCCUUAAAACACCUGGACCUGAGUUUCAACAGACUGAAUGAUUCAGGCGUUGUGUUGCUAUCUGCUAGGCUGGAGGAUCCACACUGUAAACUGGAGAAACUGAGGAUGAGUCGGUGUUCUCUGACAGAAACAUGUUGUUACACGUUGGGCUCAGUUCUCGGCUCAAACUCCUCUACCCUGAGAGAGCUGGACGUAAGUAACAAUGACCUACAGGAUUCAGGAAUGAAGAUGCUCUCUGCUGGACUGGGAAAUCCACACUGUAAACUGGAGAUACUGAGUCUGUCAUUCUGCAGCGUCACAGAGGAAGGCUGUGCUUCUCUGGCUUCUGCUCUGAGGUCUAACCCUUCCCAUCUGAGAGAGGUGGACCUGAGCUUCAAUCACCUAGGAGACUCAGGAGUGAAGCUGCUCUCUGCUAGACUGGCGGAUCCACACUGUAGACUGGAUAAACUCAAUUUGAACCAAAAUGAAGAGUUGUGGUUUAAACCGGAGCUGCUUAAGAAGUAUACCACUGAAGUCACGCUGGACCCAAACACAGCAAACAAAUAUAUCUCACUGAUUGAGGAAAACAGAAAGCUGACAUGGGUGGAUGAAGAACAGACAUAUCCUGAUGACCCACAGAGAUUUGAGGAAAUGCCACAGGUGCUGUGUAGAGAGCCUCUGACCAAACGGCAUUACGGGGAGGCAGAUUUGAUUGGGAAUUGUGACAUAGGAGUGGCAUAUAAAUGUAUUAGCAGGUGGGGAAAGGCAACAGAUUGUAAGCUGGGAGCCAUGGACAGGUCUUGGUGUAUGUUCUUCGAAGAAAAUAACCGUUACCUUGCCCGCCACAAUAAGAAAGAGAAUCAUAUUCUUUACCCAACCACCAGACCCGAUCCCCAGAGAGUAGGAGUGUAUCUGGACUGGCCAGAUGGCACUCUGUCCUUCUACAGUGUCUCCUCUGACACCAUGACCCACCUGUACACAUUCCAGGCCACAUUCACUGAGCCCCUCUACCCAGCUUUUGGGGUAAUGGACUCAUUAAUGGACUCAUCCGUGUCCCUUGCGGUUACCAGUAGUCCAGUGCCAGCUGAAAAUCCUGCAUAGUCUUGGAUAAGGUACAAUUCCUUAUGUUGGAGGGUAUUUUGUUUCACAGCCUUUUCUAUUACAUUUUCAUGACUGAAUUUGAAUGAUGGAAAAGUUGAAGGGGACAUUAUCUUUUCCAUCAUUGACAGUUAGCUUGUAACUUUGGGUUUAAAAUAAAGAACAACUGUUGGUUGUUGUUGCAGUCAUAGAAAACGUAAUGAAUUAAAUGGUAAUUCGGUGGUGUAAAGUUGUUUCAUCCCGUGUGGCUCAGUUGAUAGAGCAUGGUGUUUGCAAUGCCAGGGUUGUGGGUUCGAUUCCCACAGGGGACCAGUAUGGAGAAAAAAAUUUAUGAAAUGUAUGCAUUCACUACUGUAAGUUGCUCUGGAUAAGAGCGUCAGCUAAAUGACUAAAAUGUAAAUGUUUCAUAUGACAGAGUGACAAGGGUUUUAAUUUGCCUAUGAUUUGGCCAUGUCUGUUUGUAAAUAAAUAUGUGUUAUCUCAUAGCAUAUGCACAGUGUAAAGCACUAGCUAACUUUUCUGCCUGUUUGUCAAAAUGCAUAUUAAGAUUUUUUUGGGAAUAGAUUAAAAGACACUUGCUUCUAUUCAAAUUA